AUGGACCCCUGGACGGUACCAAUUGGUCACCUGAACGACCUGCUGGCUGACGCCCCACAGGAGGAGAAAAAUGAGAACACUUCGCUUCAAGAAUUGGAUAUACCUCCGGAGGUGAUUCUAGCUCUGGGACGGAUGCAUAUUUACCACCCCUCGACGAUCCAGCAGCUCUCUAUUCGGAAGGCCCUACAAAAGAGGAACCUAAUUGUGCAGGCAAAGAACGGGACUGGAAAAAGCAUGUCCAUAUGUAUCAUCGUGGCGAGUAGGAUUGUGCAGAAGGUGAAGAAGAGGCAUCUCAGGAGGGCAUAUGGUGAAGCCGCUGAUAGUGACGCCGCCAGGGGGGGAGAGACGAGCCAAUCGGAAUGGCAGCGAAAUGGGGCACACCCACCCGUGUCCCUCUUCCUCCACUCGAUAAUCCUCGUGCCGACUCGCGAGCUCUGCGUACAGCUCUGUGACAACAUAAAGGAGAUUUCCGAUCAGGGGAUAUUUAUUAGUGGAGAAAAUGAAGAACUACCACCACCAUACGACAAUGUUUGCAGUUCCGUGUCCCACGUCCCAUCAGGUAACCACCGCUACGCAGCAGACAGUGAGAGGCAGAUAGGGAAGGACUCUCCCUUCGAAGUGAGACCCAUGGUACUAUACGGAGGGACGGACGUAACAGAGAAUAUCAAGAUGCUAUUUUCGUGUCUUCCUCACGUAAUAAUAUCGACCCCCGGAAGGCUGAAGCAUGUGCUGAGCCUUUUGAAGCGAUGCCACGUAAGGGUGGGAGAGACAGAAGCGGAAGGAUGCCAUACCCAAGUGCCACUCACCAAAAUAGCAAACGUCCAGAUUAAGCAGCUGAUAUUAGACGAAGUGGAUGCUCUCCUCGAUGAACAAUUCGAAGAACAAAUAAAAAUGAUUCUCAGUCAGGUGGUAACUCCUAAAGUACAAAUGCUCUGUUACAGCUCCACGUUACUAGAAUCUACCAUUGCUGGGUUCUUAAAGAUGGUUCAUCUGCAUGACAUGGGCUAUGUUUCCAGGUGGAAGGGUUUUUGUGUGAAAAGGAUUGACCAGAUUUUGGAUGGCGAUCGGGGCGGAGGUCUCCCUGAAGGACGUUUCUGUGAAUCUCAUGUGGGGGGUAUUUCCCCUGGGGAGGUGCCACCAGAAGGGAAGAUAAGGUGCGCCUCGGACCAUGAUACAGCACCGCCGAUGGGCGUAGUGCCCGCGGAGCAAUCCAACCAAUCGGAUGAGCGGGAAGUGGCGAGAGAAGAGGCUUCACUUGACACAUAUCACAACACGGACGAAGUGAGCUCUCCACCUGAUAUGUCCAAAAGCAACCGUGGACACACAAAAGUGAAGAAAAAAAAGAAAAAAAAAAAAAAAAAAAAAAAAAAAAAAAAAAAAAAUCGGAGAAACAACCCGAAAGGGAUAAACUCCAUCGAAGAGAUCUUGCAAUCACAGAGCGUCUUCCACGACGAGACUUCCAUUCUAUACCUUUUACACAAGAUUGUAAAGGAGAAGCGAAACGUUGCGAUGUGUGCCAGGCGGAAGAGGCAAUUCGAAUUUGUGCAGACAUGCACCUCGGUCAUCAUUCAUAGAGAAGGCGCGGCAGGAAUAGAGCAGUCCGCUGGGGAGCCGCGGGGCGCAGCGGGGAGCGCCAGGGAUGGGAAGGAGAGAAGUGAUCCCGUGAACGGGAAUGAUGCCACAAAGGGGGUUGAUGCCGCAAAGGGGGUUGAUGCCACAAACGGGAAUGAUGCUGCAAACCAGAGUGAUGGAGAGAACCCCCCCGCCGACGCACUCAGCUCGCCCAUCCUGCGGAACGUUAGGCACUGCUUCAUCACGGUGAAUAACGAAGGGAUGAACAAGCACGAGGAGCUGAAAUACAAAAUGAAGGUCAUCCUGAAGGUAGUAAAAGAAAUAAAAUUCAACCAAUGCUUCCUUUUUAUUAACAACACAUAUGAGGGGGUGCAAGUCAGUAAGAUGCUAAACAAACACAACAUCUGCUGCUACUACACUAGCGCCAAGAUUGACCAUCAGGAAAGGAUGAAUGUUUUUAAUAGACUGAAAAGGAAUCAGGUGAAGGUUGUCGUCUGUAGUGAUGUUAUGAGCAGAGGGAUCGAUAACAUCGUGUGCGAUUUGGUAAUCAAUUUAGACAUACCUCAGAAUAAGGAGACUUAUAUUCAUCGGUCCGGAAGGUGCGGAAGAUAUGGCAACAGGGGGUUGUGUAUAAGCCUCUGCAAUUACUCCGACUACGCGUACCUCCAUUUCUACAAAUACCAGCUGCGACUGCCUGUGCACGACUUCUGCUACCUCCGCAGGGAGCAGCAGUUCGGGCGGCACUCGGCGGAGGAGACUAUCCACUUCGUGGAGGGGGCGAACGACCCGCACGGCGCCGCUUGGAGUUGUUACGAUCGACGCGAUGGGGGAGAAGACGGGGAAGAAGUCACUCGGGAAGAGGCCAUCAGGGAAGAGGUCAUCAGGGAAGAGGUCAUCAGGGAAGAGGUCAUCAGGGAAGAGGUCAUCAGGGAAGAGGCCACCCGGGAAGAGGCCACCCGGGAAGAGGUCACCCGGGAAGAGGCCACCUGGGAAGGAGCCAUCCGGGGUGACCACACCGCCACCUCCGUUGAAGCGCAGUUAACAGACCAUACAGUUGAACAGCCCAAGCACAAGGCGGCCCAUCGACCGUGCCGCUUAAGGAGCGCCCCGAGGCGGAAGGUCUUGGCCCUGAACAUCAAGGGGUUUUGCGCCGAGGGCAUACACAUCGCGGGGAGGGGCAGCCAUGUUAGAAGGCAGGUCAGCACCCAAUCGAAUGACCCACUCCACCGCGUCUACCUCAAACUGCGCGUGAAGAAGUUUGUUAGCAGAUUCAAAGUGACGAGAAACGAAGUCUCCUGUGAGUUUUGUCUCCCCAACGAUGAUGUAGGUAUGUUUAAAUCGAUCAGCAUCGUCCAGCACAAGUCGAAUCUGAUUAUUUUCUUCCUCUUUAGCAGAAAAAUACCGAUGCGAUUCUUUUCCUUCCGCUCGAUGCCACUUCUUCCAGAGGGGGCGGAGGAGGAGAAGGGGAGUAAGUGGAUCCGAUCCACCUACUGCUUCCUCUUUUUCUGCAACUCGGAUAGCUACCUAGUGCUGAAGGUGUUUUAUUUCUUCUUGUUCCAUUUUAAGCAUUAUGAGUAUCCCCUGAGGGAGGCCCUGACUCCACUGCACAUUCACACAGGAGGGAUCACACAGAAGGGGGGGGGCAAAUCGAAAAAGAGAUGCAAUCUAUGUUGCCACGUAUUCCGUCCCAACCGAGUCAAUCUCAACUACGUCUCGGACAACUGCCUCAUGAUAAGUGACAACAUCGAAAGGAGAGGAGGAAGAAGGAAAAAUUUCAAAGGGUACCAAAGUGAUGAAGGUUUUUACCUGAACAGGCAAGGCAAAACAGUAACCACUUUUCAGAGGGCCAUGUUUUACCCUUUCCUCUUGGGGAGCCGAAAGGGGCAUCGCGCGAGUGGCAAGUUAAGCAGUCCGGACGGGGUACACAUGGAGGGUACUCACACAGAGCAUACCCCCACGGAGAGUGCUCAGACGGAACUGCAGCCGAGCUCACUGCCCCUAGAAAGCGCUCUCAACCUGAUAAAGGCAAACUGCCAUGAGAGGAAACAGAUCGUUACCUUCUCACAGCAAUGCAGUGAAGUCCACUGCAUGAAUGAUCAGCGGGAGAUCGUCCAGAAGGUAAAUAAGCUGAUCGCCCCGCAGGUGUUCCUAAAUUUAGCCAAUGGGGAGCAGGACGUCCAUCUAUUGAAAGGGCUCUUCCUGCAGAGUCACGUGCAGCUGCAUGGUGGAGACGCCGCGGAUGAGGAAGAACGCCGUGUAUAG